AUGGCACGGCUGCUGCUGGCGCUGCUGGCGUGGCUGGCUCAGACGAGCCCGGUGCGCGCCGCCGGCUCGGUGCGCCUGGCGGGCGGCCUCACGCUGGGCGGCCUGUUCCCGGUGCACGCGCGCGGCGCGGCGGGCCGGGCGUGCGGGCAGCUGAAGAAGGAGCAGGGAGUGCACCGGCUCGAAGCCAUGCUGUACGCUCUGGACCGCGUAAACGCCGACCCCGAGCUGCUGCCCGGCGUGCGCCUGGGCGCGCGGCUGCUAGACACCUGUUCGCGGGACACGUACGCGCUGGAGCAGGCGCUGAGCUUCGUGCAGGCGCUGAUCCGCGGCCGCGGCGAUGGCGACGAGGCGGCCGUGCGCUGUCCGGGAGGCGUCCCCCCGCUGCGCGCCGCUCCUCCAGAGCGCGUGGUGGCGGUGGUGGGCGCCUCGGCCAGCUCCGUCUCCAUCAUGGUGGCCAACGUGCUGCGCCUGUUCGCGAUUCCCCAGAUCAGCUACGCCUCCACGGCCCCAGAGCUCAGCGACUCCACACGCUAUGACUUCUUCUCCAGAGUGGUGCCCCCCGACUCUUACCAGGCCCAGGCCAUGGUGGACAUCGUGCGGGCCUUGGGGUGGAACUACGUCUCCACACUGGCCUCCGAGGGCAACUACGGCGAGAGUGGGGUUGAGGCUUUUGUGCAGAUCUCCCGCGAGGCUGGGGGCGUCUGUAUUGCCCAGUCCAUCAAGAUUCCCAGGGAGCCAAAGCCUGGCGAAUUCAACAAGGUGAUCAAGAGGCUCAUGGAGACACCCAACGCCCGGGGCAUCAUCAUCUUUGCCAAUGAGGACGACAUCAGAAGAGUCCUGGAAGCAACGCGCCAAGCCAACCUGACCGGCCAUUUCCUGUGGGUGGGCUCGGACAGCUGGGGGUCCAAGACCUCCCCCAUCUUGAGCCUGGAGGAUGUGGCCGUGGGGGCGAUCACCAUCCUACCCAAGAGGGCUUCCAUUGAUGGCUUCGAUCAAUACUUCAUGACUCGCUCCCUGGAGAACAACCGCAGGAACAUCUGGUUUGCAGAAUUCUGGGAAGAGAAUUUUAACUGCAAACUGACCAGCUCCGGCGGCCAAUCAGAUGAGGCUACCCGCAAGUGCACAGGUGAGGAACGCAUCGGACAGGACUCUGCCUAUGAGCAGGAAGGGAAGGUGCAGUUUGUGAUCGAUGCUGUGUACGCCAUUGCUCACGCCCUCCACAGCAUGCACCAGGCCCUCUGCCCCGGGUACACGGGCCUGUGCCCGGCCAUGGAGCCCACCGAUGGGCGGACGCUGCUGCAGUAUAUUCGAGCUGUGCGCUUCAACGGCAGUGCUGGAACCCCUGUGAUGUUCAAUGAGAAUGGUGAUGCACCAGGACGCUAUGACAUCUUCCAGUACCAGGCGACCAACGGCAGUGCCAGCAGCGGCGGGUACCAAGUUGUGGGCCAAUGGGCAGAGGCCCUUAGACUGGAUGUGGAAGCCCUGCAAUGGUCAGGUGACCCUCGCGAGGUGCCCCCUUCUCAAUGCAGCCUCCCCUGUGGGCCAGGGGAGCGGAAGAAGAUGGUGAAGGGCGUGCCCUGCUGCUGGCACUGCGAGGCCUGUGAUGGGUACCGCUUCCAGGUGGACGAGUUCACUUGCGAGGCCUGCCCUAGAGACAUGAGGCCCACGCCCAACCACACGGGCUGCCGGCCCACGCCCGUGGUGCGCCUCACCUGGUCCUCCCCCUGGGCGGCCCCGCCGCUCCUCCUGGCCGUGCUGGGCAUCAUGGCGACCACCACGGUGGUGGGCACCUUCGUGCGCCACAACAACACGCCGAUCGUGCGUGCCUCCGGCCGUGAGCUCAGCUACGUGCUCCUCACCGGCAUCUUCCUCAUCUACGCCGUCACUUUCCUCAUGGUGGCCGAGCCUGGGGCGGCCGUGUGCGCCACUCGCCGACUCUUCUUGGGCCUGGGCACCACGCUCAGCUAUUCGGCACUGCUCACCAAGACCAACCGCAUCUACCGCAUCUUCGAGCAGGGCAAGCGUUCCGUCACGCCUCCGCCCUUCAUCAGCCCUACCUCACAGCUCGUCAUCACCUUCAGCCUCACCUCCUUGCAGGUGGUGGGGGUGAUCGCGUGGCUGGGGGCUCAGCCCCCGCACAGCGUGAUUGACUACGAAGAGCAGCGCACAGUGGACCCGGAGCAGGCCAGAGGGGUGCUCAAGUGUGACAUGUCAGAUCUGUCCCUCAUCGGCUGCCUGGGCUACAGCCUGCUGCUCAUGGUCACGUGCACCGUGUACGCCAUCAAGGCCCGAGGCGUCCCUGAGACCUUCAACGAGGCCAAGCCCAUCGGCUUCACCAUGUACACCACCUGCAUUGUCUGGCUGGCUUUCGUGCCUAUCUUCUUUGGCACUGCCCAGUCAGCUGAAAAGAUCUACAUCCAAACAACCACGCUGACCGUGUCCUUGAGCCUGAGCGCUUCGGUGUCCCUCGGCAUGCUCUAUGUACCCAAGACCUACGUCAUCCUGUUCCACCCCGAGCAGAAUGUGGCAAAGCGGAAGCGGAGCCUCAAGACCACCUCCACGGUGGCAGCGCCCCCCAAGGGUGCAGACACAGAGGACCCUAAGUAG